AUGGGACAGCUCCUUACGUCUGCAACUGACAAUAAAAAGGCUAUACGACUGGACGCUGGGCAGAGGGGCUCUCUUUGCCCACCUUUCAGCAUGAGUGCAGUGCGCACACCUGUCUUCAUAGGGCUCCUUUUGCUGAUCCUCACCACCAGCUACUGCAGACCAAGAGACAGGGACGACACCAUUCUGCUGGACCUCCUAAGGGACAGAGUGAGACUAGCACAGGAGCAUCACAGUGAGGGAAACACACAGCAUCCCCUCGAGAUCGUUGAGCACUCGGUGGAAACAAAAGACGUUAAUAAAGUUACAAAGUCAUAUCAGCACGAACGCAUUCUUGAGGUCUUUCCGAGAGAUCUUCGAGAGAAGGAGAAGUUUUUAAAACAUUUAACAGGGCCACUUUACUUUAGUCCCAAAUGCAGCAAACACUUUUACAAACUGUAUCAUAAUACCAGGGACUGCACAAUACCAGCCUAUUAUAAAAGAUGUGCCAGGCUUCUUACAAGACUAGCAGGGAGCCAGCAGUGCUCAGAGGGAUAGAUGCUGCAGAUUUCAACAGACCUGAAGAAAUAAAGAGAACCAAGAAAAGUGCCUUGGAGAAAAACAGGGAAAUGAAAUUAAUUCUGAACAAUCAUAUUUAUCCCGUGAACACAGCUAUUUUUAUAAUGAAAUAGAACUCCUCUUUUGACCUUUUCUUCUCGCAUACAGCUUGUCAGUCUUGUGAGUUGACAAAACUGAUGUUAGAACCAAGUUUACUGGCAAUGGUCAUGGUGAAAAUGAAGAAGACAACGUUUUAUGGGAAAAACGAACACAAAAAAUGUCCUGCUGCCAAACGAUAAACUCUGGGUGUCACAUUCAACUGCAUAUAUAUUCUAAGUUGAAUUUGCCUUCACAGGUUGUGUGUCCAGUAGUUUUUGGUUGAAGAAUAAUUUAGAUGUUGUUUUGCAGAUGUUCAAAGGUGUUUACUGGCUGAACGCAGCCUUUGGUCCAAUAUUCCUGACAACCUCAAAGUCACAUUCCUCAAAGCCAGAGCUAAAUCCUUUGAUUGAAUUAUGAAU